CAGCCGGCCGCCUGUUUUUUGUGUUUUAUUUUUGCACGAUCCUAGCAAACGCUUCCACUCCACAGUGCUGGUGAGGCCGAGAUCUCCUCUUCCUAAGCAUCCUCUAGGUGCGGCGAGUGCUGCAGGCCUGAGUGCGGCGAGCUCCUCUCAAUCUUUCCCUCCUGCAUAUUUCAUUCAUCUCGUUCGUCUCUUCCUCCUGCGGAAACCAAUUUAUCCGGCGGCCAACCGCCUUCUCCUCCCUAUUCAUCCCCUUCGUCCUCCUCGUUCCCUACCUCAUUUCUGAUCCAUUUUGUGUUUGAUCCAGUUAUUGCAGUAUCAGUGCUAUUCUUCUAAACCUAGUGAGCGCCAAAAAUCGUAAUUUUCAAUCUCUCCUCUGCACCGUAGUGGCCAUGUUGUCCCUUGAUCCUUCGAAGAGGAACUCCUUGCAGCGCUGCAUUUGUGACGGAGAUUUGGUUAUCGUGUACGAAAGGCAUGACAGGAUAAAGGCCGUGAAAGUGCAGAAGGGGUUGGACUUCCAGAACAGGUUUGGGGUGUUCAAGCUUUCGGACUGGAUCGGGCAACCUUUUGGCUCCAAAGUGUUGAGCAACAAGGGUGGAUUCAUCUAUCUGCUGGCGCCCACGCCCGAGCUAUGGACCUUAGUUCUGAGCCACAGGACACAGAUUUUGUACCUUGCGGACAUCAGCUUUGUCAUCUCCUACCUUGAGGUUGUGCCAGGUUGCCUUGUGCUCGAGUCUGGCACUGGAAGUGGAUCUCUGACUACCUCUCUUGCUAGAGCCGUGGCGCCUUCUGGUCACGUUUACACAUUUGACUUUCACGCACAAAGAGCCACCUUGGCAAGGGAAGACUUUGAAAGGAACGGAUUGAGCAGCUUGGUUACCGUCUCAGUUCGUGACAUUCAAGGGGAAGGAUUUCCUGAGGAAUUCUGUGGAGCUGCAGAUUCAGUAUUUUUGGACCUUCCCCAACCUUGGUUAGCGUUGCCAUCUGUUCGGAAAAUGUUGAAGCAAGAUGGAGUAUUGUGCUCAUUUUCUCCAUGCAUCGAGCAAGUGCAGCAUUCGUGUGAGGUUUUGACAUCAGGUUUUACAGAUAUAAGGACCUUUGAGGUUCUACUUCGAACUUAUGAAAUCCGAGAGGAAAGAAUGACAACAUCAGAGGCUGACCAUGAGAGCCCUGUUGGUCCUAUGCGCAAGAAAAGACAUUGCACGCCCCAUGAUGUCGAUGAUAGCCAGGGGGAGAGAACAGCUACUACGGUUACAGCCAGACCAUGCCAAGAAUCCAGGGGGCACACAGGCUAUCUAACGUUUGCAAGACUUGCUUGCAGCUGAGAAAAGAGUGUUAUUUCUUUGUAAUCCUAGUUUUGUCAACAACGUUAGAGUUCACUGAGAGUUACAAAGAGCUCCAUGUUUGUGGAACAGUUCACUAUUAGAAGCCCAUGCUUUUAUCCACUGUCAAGAUUAUUUAGAAUAUAGAGAUCUAUUUAUUUUCUUAACAAGUUAAGUUAUUGAAAUAAA